GUGCUAGCUGCUAGCUGGCUAGCCUUCCCUGCUGCGUGCCGUGUCCAUGAGUAGUUUCCAGGUAUGAUGAGCGGCAAGACGAGCGCGGUAGUUGCCGGGGUGUGCGGAGCCCUUUUCGUCGCAUACUGUAUUUAUUUUGACAGAAAGCGACGGAGCGACCCUCACUUCAAGGAAAAGCUACGUGAACGUAGACGAAAGCAAAAAGUUUCCAGUGACAGGUCUGGACUGGCAAAGCUGCCUGACCUGAAGGACGCGGAAGCUGUUCAGAAAUUCUUUCUGGAGGAAAUCCAGCUGGGAGAGGAGCUUUUGUCACAAGGUGAAUUUGAGAAAGGAGUGGACCACUUGACCAAUGCGAUUGCAGUAUGCGGUCAGCCUCAGCAGCUGCUUCAAGUUCUCCAGCAGACGCUGCCGCCUCCAGUCUUCCAGAUGCUGCUCACCAAACUGCCCACCAUCAGCCAGCGAAUCAUCAGCUCUCAGUCUUUAACAGAAGAUGACGUCGAAUGAAUGUGUGUGGAAGCUAUUACUAUUCCGUAAUGGGAUUUCGGACACUGAUAUUUGUGCACUGUUUGGUACGUGUGACUGCUGGUGUGUGUGAGUUGUGAGCCUGAUUUAUCACACAGUUCUGUGGACAUGGAGCCCCCUCUGUCACAGCACUCCGAGGUUGAAGAACUUUGUCAAGGUUACGUUUCUGGGAAAUGUUAAAUACAUUCCAUCUUUAUUACAUGGUUCCCACCACAUCUCAUGUUUUCUAGCAUUCUGUUUAUUCUAUUUAUUUCCCUAAAAAGUUAUGAUCUUUUUGGGGGUGUGGGCGGGGGGGGGGUUUGCUGAUAUGUUAUGUACAAAAUAAGAAAAACAGUAUGUAGAUGAUUUGUUACAUAUUGCUGUGCAGUUGAUAUACAUGUGAAAUGUGUGUAAGACUCUCUACACUAAACAGAACACUUGUUUGUGGAUUAUUGCCAUUAAGUUCUGACAUUGUUCUUGUAUGUCGGUUAAAUGUUAUUUUUAUAUUCCAGCCUUUCAUAGCUGGACAUAUUUUUCUGUUUAAACUCCCACAAUAAAACAUGAAAACACA